AUUUCACUGGUACUGAGGCCGAAGAGGAGGAGGAGGAGGAGGGAGUCUAUCAUACUGUGGACUGGUUUGACUUGUCACGGGGCAUUUCCGUCAAACAAUGUAUUCUAGUCACAGAAAAUAGUAAGCAGUUAGUUAAAAAAAAAAGAAGGAAAAAGAUAAGCGGGAACAUUGAGGCGUCGCCAGAGGAAAAUACGUAGGAUGGGCGAGCGCGCAGACACUGCGUUUAACACCACUGGAUCCAAGUGGCUGCUGCCUGUCAGUGAGAUCUUGGGCUUUCCUCUUGAUCAGGUGAAUUUUUUGGCGUGUCAGCUGUUUGCCCUGGCUGCUGCCUUCUGGUUUCGUCUCUACCUCAGUCCUAGCCAUGCCAAUCCCCUGGUCAGGCACGCUGUGGCCACUCUCCUCGGCAUUGCCUUUCUCAUCUUCUGCUUUGGAUGGUACUCAGCUCACAUCCUGACAGUGGUGCUUGCAAGCUACUUGAUCAUCAUCAAUGCUGACAUCAACAAUGUACACAAGUAUUCCAUGGUGACGGCUAUGGGCUACUUGACAGUGUGCCAAGUGAGCAGAGUCUUCAUCUUUAACUAUGGAAUACUGUCCACUGACUUCUCUGGGCCUCUGAUGAUAGUAACCCAGAAGAUCACAACACUGGCUUUUCAGCUUCAUGAUGGUAUGUGUAAGAAAUCUGAACAACUGACCCCGGAGCAGAAACUUCUGGCUAUAAAUGUGAGGCCUUCUCUCAUCGAAUACCUGAGUUACAAUCUGAACUUCCUGAGUAUCUUGGUGGGACCAUGCACUAACUAUAAGGACUACACAGACUUCAUAGAGGGCCAACACAUUAGCAGGAGGCUCAGGCAGCACUCUGCGACAUGUAAUGGUCAGAACGGCUAUGAUAAGACACCGGACCCGUCACCUCUGAGCGCAGUCUGUAAAAAAUUGCUGGUCUGCUGCGGCUGUAUGCUGUUCUUCCUCACUGUGACCCGGUCCUUGCCGAUAACGUACAACGUGGACCCCCACUUUGUCAGCCAAACCCCCUUCCUCACCAGACUCACCUACGCUUUCUUCUCCAUACAAGCAGCAAGGCCCAAAUUCUACUUUGCUUGGACACUAGCUGAUGCAGUCAACAAUGCUGCAGGUUAUGGUUUCUUGGGAAUGGAUGAAAAUGGAAAGCCAUCUUGGGACCUCAUAUGCAACCUCAACAUCUUGGGGAUUGAGACUGCAACCAGCUUCAAGACAUUUAUAGACAACUGGAAUAUUCGAACCGGAAUUUGGCUCAAAACGGUGUGUUAUGACCGAGCCCCUAGGCACAGGUUGCCGUUAACCUUUGUCCUGUCUGCCCUGUGGCACGGUGUUUAUCCUGGGUACUAUUUCACCUUCAUCACUGCCAUUCCAAUCACCAUGGCAGCACGAACUGUACGGAAGUCUGUCCGCCACUACUUCCUGGCUUCUAGAGCCUUGAAACUGGGUUACGACAUCUUAACUUGGGCAGCCACCCAGCUAGCCAUCUGCUACACUGUCAUGCCUUUUCUACUUCUUGCAGUAGAGCCCACUUUGAUUUAUUACAGGUCUAUGUACUUCCACGUGCACAUCAUUAGCAUUCUGGCUGCGAUCGCCCUGCAUCAUAAGCACAAACCCCGGGAACCCUCUCCCACCACUAAAACGUUUUCCUCCUCCCCAUUCUCGUCUUCGUGCUCAGCCCAGUGCCAGCCUGUUCACUCCAACAACAAUGACAAAGUAGACUGAAAAACCCCCUCUUCACGUUCUUUUACCAAACUCUCAGUCCAUGGUGUUCUCUCAAAGACUAGUGAAUAUCCCUUAAGGGCAUUCAACCAAUUUAAAAUGGGAAAACAUUGUGUUAUUUAUUUUUUGGGACAGAGUAAAGAGUUAGGACUAAAACCUUGACCGUACAAGACGAUGCAGGAUGUCAACCUAUGGCACUGGAUGUUCAUGGGGAAAGCUUUUCUACCAUACAGUGAGAUUGAGACAAUACAUCAAACAUAAGCUCAACAGGCAGACUGCAAACUGAAACAUUAGCUGAGGGAACGUCUCUGGCCCCACCACCAUCCACUUUCCCCUCCACCUGCCCCCUCUCUCCUCCACUGUCCCCCCUCCUUGCCCAUCUCAACACCAGCCUGCCUGCUCCAACAAACAAUACAACAGAGUGAAGAGAGAAAGGAGGCUCACUUUCUUUCCUGUCCUCUAUCUGCGCUGUCCAACUGACCGAUGGGAUGUAAGCCAGCACAGUAGAGGGCAGCUCAUAAACGGGGCAUAAAUACCAGCGCGCACAAAAACAAACACAAACACAAACUCAUGCAUAAACAGGCAACACACUAGGAAACAAAUAUUCAUACCCUCUCUUAGACACGCUCAUACUUGGUCACAGUUUAAUAGCAUACAAAGGCUGCCCUUGUGUGGCCACAACAAAAGAGCAUACCAAGAGGAGAGAGAACCCUGGUGUGUGUGUGUGUGGGUGGGUGGACCUUAUCAUGAAAAACUGUGGACUGUGUCGGUAUUUCUCCCACUGUUAGUUUGUACCAGCUUGGGGCAAAGACACUUGAAAUACCAAUUAGACCAUGCAGUUCUCAAACUGUCCAGUGAAACCAUUACUAGUCUUUUAAGGCCAGAUUUCAGCUCCUCCUGGUGAGGAGGCUUCACUAUGCUGUAGAACAAGUAAACACUAUCUAUAAUCAUGGGCUUUAGCUAUACCCGAGUAAACAUAAAGGAAAGGCUAACAAAUAGCUGAAGAAUACAUUGUGCAACAUAACAACAACUAUGUUGUUUUGCAUUGCACAUUUGUAACAAGUGAUGAAAUGCUGCAAUCUGAGCACACAUUUUCAAUAACUUAAUGAACGUAGUCAGACUUUCCCCACGAAAUCUCAUUGUGGGCUAAAGCAGUAGGGGAUUUAAUAGUGCCGUACUUCUUAAUGUGUUAGUAUUUACCAUGUGAUAGGUGCUGGAUACCUAUUAUCAUUAUCAUUAUCAUUAUCAUUAUUAUUAUUAUUAUUAUUAUGGUACAGAGUAAUUGAAUAAAAAGCUGAGGUGAAGCUGAGAAUACAUUUGAUGUUUCUCUUUUUGGGAGGAAGCCAUUGCACACUCAAAGAAUGGAAAGUAUGAACAAAAAUAGGAAUUUAUAUAUCAAAAGUAUUUUUUCUCAGUAGGAGCAGGGUGCUGUGUUCUGUCGCUCUGUGAAAGAACACAUUUGAAAACUGUUGUUCUACCAGAGCUUAUCAACAGCGGCAGGUUGAUUUAACAGAGACAUCUGCUGGUUGUUUGUACUGUCUGAACUCUGCUGAAGUAAUGAAGGUAGGCCAGUUGGGACUGACUGAAACGGUCACGCUGCAGUAUCUCCCAGUGCAACUUCAAACUAACCAUGAGCAGAAAGCAUAUUUUUCCACUUAUAUUACAAAUUUCUCAGCAAUAUUCACAAUUUCUUCUCUUCACUAGCUUUUACUUUUGCACAAUCGAAGUUAAUGAAUCAGAGGGUGAUGCUUAUGAUUACAGAUCAGCUAAGCACUUCAUUCAUUAUUUGUUGGGGUUUUUUUGCAUCAAGAAUGGAUCACUCAGUGGAGGUUUGGCAUUUGGAGUUUUUAAAAGUGGCACGGUGGCUUGGUUAGCAAUGGUGCUAUCUGCUGCAGGCUAGCAUGUUAACUUAUACAUUUAGGGGUCAGUUCUUAAAAAAGUUUGCUAACAAUGCUAACAAGUUGCAAUGCAAGAAUAUAUUUUUGGUAGUGUAACAGUACACAGUAAAGAUGACAUACUGAAGGUUAUGUCAGGUUAUCCCGUUAAAUGCAUUUUAUGGGUUGCCUAAUGAACAUGCAGUUUAUUCCUGUGGUUUAACAGCCUGUUUUUUGUGGUUAAUCAUGUUAGAGACACAAUCUAAAUGCAUUUCAUUACCUGCUUUGGAAUUUAAUCAAAACUUUUUGACUACUGGAAAAAUGUAUACUUUGGACUUGCCUGUUUUGGCAUUGACUCAACCUCUAGUUCUUAAUAUGUAAAGGCUCACAGUAGAGCCUGUUUGUGCAAGAAAAACAUCAGACUAUGUAGACUUGUUGUCUAUUUUUCUGUCGAGACAUCAGUGUCAUGUGAAAAUCACACUUCUCAACUUUGCUGUGACAAGUACCCAGUUCACAGGCAAGUGUCGAUAUCAGGAGUGGGCAUGUAUUGAAUUAACACUUAUUAUUCAGUUAAUACCAAUAAUGGGAAUUAUUUGAGAUUUUAAGGGAAACAAGAAGGAGGGGGCAUGUGCAUCAAGCUAUUUCCCCUUGGCUAAUUAGAAUGAAUCUCUUUUUGACUACAUCUCUUAACUUUUGGGUCAUUUUGGAGAAAAAUAUGACGAUAUUUAAUGUUUGUGGAUUGUUUUAAUGUUUAACAACACAGUAAAACAUUUCCUGGAGUUAAUGAAGCUUCAGUAGUGACUGCUUUGGGGACCUGUAGACUCUUUGCAAGAGGCCUGCAAUUCUAAACAUUUUGGCCUGAAAAAUGCUGGUGCUAAAUGCCAAUGGUGUUACAGUUAGUCCCCACAACAGCCACUGUUGAAGGCUGACUGUACCUAAACUCCUCAAGAAGUGCUGAAAAGUGAAAACACUCCUCCCAAGUAUGGCUUUGCUAUAACAUAGAAUUGUUUUUGUGAGACAAAGCCCUUAUUAACUGAUAUGGAACUAGUUAUAACCCUUAAAUGUGUUGUUACCAAUAACAUGUACAUUGCACUGUAUGUAUGCUUGUUGCUAAUGUUUUUAGUGCAGGGAAAUGAGCGAUGAGUGGCACAUAUACAGUAUGAAUGUGUUGUCAGAAUGAGCAGCUAUUUGAAUGACUGAUUAUGAAGAUGUUUUUUGUAUGUGUUGUUGAUGUGUGUGAUCAAAUAUACUGACUUUGUGUGUGUGUGUGUGUGUGUGUGUGUGUGUGUGAUAUUUUCUGAUAUUGCCCCAUUGCUCCAUUUUAGUAUUGUUUGUAUAGAGGAAAGCGUGAGUGGUAUAAAAAACUGUUGAUUAACAAAUAAAGAUUCAGUGAAACAAA